AGGUGAGAAAGGUGAUAUUGGUGACCGAGGACCUUAUGGUAAAUCCGGCAGAGCUGGUCAGAUGGGUCCUCAAGGUCACACUGGCAUGAAGGGCAGCAAAGGCAGCAUGGGCCUCCCUGGUGAGCCCUGCAAGUCUUACUUUGCAGCCUUCUCUGUCGCCCGCAAGAAGGGUCUACACUCCAACGACUACUACCAGACACUGGUGUUUGACACAGAGCUAGUCAACCUCUAUGGUCACUUUAACAUGUUCACUGGUAAGUUCUACUGCUAUGUGCCCGGCAUCUACUACUUCAGCCUGAACGUGCAUACAUGGAACCAGAAGGAGACAUACCUACAUGUGAUGCGCAAUGAGCAGGAGGUGGUGAUCCUCUACGCCCAGCCCAGUGACCGCUCCAUCAUGCAGAGCCAAAGCCUGAUGCUGGAACUUGAAAGAGAUGACCAGGUCUGGGUCAGACUCUUCAAAGGCGAGAGAGAGAACGCCAUCUUUAGUGAUGACUUUGACACUUACAUCACCUUUAACGGACACUUGAUUAAGCCCAAAAAUGAGUUGUAGGUAGAAGACUGGACAAGUGUGAGUUGGCACCUAGAAAGGUUGAAUAUGGACGAAAAAUGGUCUAAAGGGGAGCUUCAUUAAUAUAUUAUCAAUGUGGUAUGAAAAAUCAUGUCAUAUAGACAGUGGUUUUGUACAGAAAAACAACUCACUCACAAAACAAAAAAUUAAAUCAAGCCACACAAUGGGACUUGCAGGUAAUAUUAAAGAAUUUGCGGCAUUCACUAAUUGUGUCCUAUUUAGAGAUUUCUACUAGGUACUAACAAAAUUCAUUAGUGCUUCUGACCUGCCUGUGUCCACAUGGGUAAAAAAUCAAUUUCACAAAAUUGUAAUGCCUUAAAGUCCAGGUGAAACGUAAAUCAGAGAGCUAUUUG